AUGUCCAAGCCUAUAAUCUUCAUAGGUGCCUCCGGCGCGAUGUGUCAGCUUGUCAUCCAGCGCUUUAUCAAAGCUAAUGACACGCCAUUUAUUCUUGCCGAUAUCAACGUUGACGCUGCGGAGGCAGUUCGCGCAAGUUUACCCUCGGGGCGCGCAACAACGCUUAAACUUGACCUCUUCGACCAUGGUGCACUUGUCAGAGCAAUUACAGGCACCGCAAUUGUUGUGCUUGGAGCUGGACCAUACACUCGCACUGCACAUCCAGUAAUGGAAGCUUGUUUAGAGGUCAAAGUUCUAUAUCUUGAUUUCGACGACGAUGUGGAAAGCACUCAGGCGGCACUUAAUCUCAAUGAAAGGGCGAAGAAGGAAGGUGUCGCAUUUUUCAUUGGCUGUGGUGCCUCGCCUGGAAUGAGCAACGUUAUUGCGAUUGAUGCCGCUAAGGAACUUGAUAGCGUCAGCGCAAUUGACCUAUUCUGGCUUGUUGGCAAUGAGAAAGGUGGAGCCGGGAAAGCAGUCAUGGAGCAUCUUAUGCAUAUUGCUUCCGGGCCUUGCCUAACAUGGAUCAGUGGCAAACCUACUAUCAUCGAAUCCUACGAGGAAACCCGAUAUGCCCCAAUGGUGGGCAAGUCUACAGAAAUGAUCCUUCACGAGACCGCCCAUCCGGAGCCCGUUACCCUUCCUCGACUUUUUCCCAAAGCCGACAGCAUUAGGUGUUUCGGCGCCCUUUAUCCGCCAGGCAAGUUUGGGUGUGCUCGUGGCCUAGGUAAUGCUGUUCGGCGUGGGAUUUUAUCUCUCGAUGAAGCCUGUGAUUUCCAGGUCAAAGCUCGACACGGCGAACUAGAGCAGGAAAUUGGCGGCGAACUUCUUAAGGAUCUACUCUCCCAGUUUCCUAAGCUCGAAAUCAAGGGUGGAGAGGCCUCGCAGCUUCUCAAACAGGCCAAGAGAUCUAGCAAAGCUGCCGUUUACGCUUUUGAAGGAUUGCUUGACCAGAUCCAUAGAGGAGAAUCCACCGCAGAGGAGGUACGCGAUUUCAUAGUCGAAGCUGCGGGAUACUAUGAGAAGGUGGAAACAGCUGGUGCUCUUCUAGUGCGAGUGGUUGGCUCCCGCAAUGGUCAUCCAGCUGUGGUCGCCAAACGCACGCCUACGGUGGGUGUUGAUUCAUAUUUACAUAGAAGCAUGGCAACAAUGACCGGCACAUCCUGUGCUGCCUUUAUGGUAUUAGCCCUGCAAGCUGGCAAGACUUUGAGCGGUGUCUUCUGUCCCGAAGACUGGGCUGAGCCGGCGUCAUUUUACGGAGCACUCGAGACUGUUGGUGUACCAAAACACGAACUGCCGGAAACGUACAGAUAUUAG